CCUUCAAGGAAUGAUUUCUCAGAAAGAAGCCCUGGACGUUGUUUUCUUCACUGUACUUUCCUUUGGAAUCCUGGGGAACAUGUCCCUUCUUUAUCUACAUGGCCUUAAGUACAUCACUGGUCACAGAAAAAGAUUCAUAAGCCUCAUCAUCAUCAACUUGGCCUUUGCUCAUAUCUUCAUGAUUCUUUUUAGGGGCAUUAUCCUAAUAAUAAACAAGUGGGGAUGGAGAAAUUUCCUAGAUGAGACAAUGGGUAAACUAUUAAAUUACUUCAUAAGAGUGACCCAGAGUCUUUCUCUUUGCAGCACCUGUCUCCUCAGUGUCUUCCAGGCCAUCACCAUCAGUCCCACCAGCCCUAAGUGGGCACAGGUUAAAACAAGAACUCAAAAGUAUAUUCCUUCCUGCUGUAUCCUGAUCUGGAUUUUCAGUCUUCUUCUUGAUAUUGCUGCACCCAUGAAUUACAGUAGUCCAAAGAACAGCAGUAAUGCGCGAUGGAGGAUUGGGCAGAUUUCUUUUGACUUGCAAGCCACGAGCAUUAUGAAAAUUUUAGUUUAUGAGUCAGUUGUUGAUGCUGUGUUUGAGGGUCUUAUGAUCUGCUCUAGUGGCUACAUGGUGUUUGUCCUGCACAGACACAGCCAGCAAGUCCAGCACCUUCACAGCACCAGCCUCUCCCCCAGAGCUUCCCCUGAGACCAAAGCCACCAAAGCUAUCCUGAUGCUGGCCAUCACCUUUGUCUGCUUUAACUCAGCCAGUUCCCCUUUCAUCAUUUAUAUAGCUUCUGCUAAAGCAACUAGACACUGGGGAAUACGUUUCACUGUGGUCUCUCUCUGUUUUAUCCAAUAGUCAGCCCUUUCAUGUUGAUCACCAUUGAAACCCAGAAGCCCAGGCCUUUUCCUGCUCUCUUAG